AUGGUUGAUGUAAUGGUUAUAGGCAUCCUUGCGGGUCCCAAAACAAGCAUUGUUGAUGAUGACCAAAUAAAUCUGGAUACAAAUAGCCACCUUGGAAUGUAUCUUCGUCUUUGCUUACUUUCCUUUAAUAUUUGUCAUUUGAGGAUUGGAAGCUCUUUUCCUAUGAGUGCUUUUGAAUCUGUUUUAAAGCUUCUACAAAAAGUAGCCCUGGAGUUGCAUCGUGUCCAAUUUUUACGAUAUCUGAAUAGCCUUUACCAUGAUGAUUAUCCAGCUGCAUUAGAGAAUCUUCAUCAUUAUAUUGAUUAUAGAGAUCUUAACCACACCAAUCAGUACAUUGUGGGACUAGCUCUUUGUGCUUUGGAUAACAUUUGUUCUGCAGAAAUGGCUCGUGAUCUUGCACCUGAAGUUGAAAGAUUGCAGCAAUUUCGAGAUCUAAAUAUUCGUAAGAAAAAUCAUAGUCACACAAGUUCUUACAAUUACAGGCAGCAUGGGGUUCCAUACUUAAAGAAAAGCAUCAUGGGUUCUUUUAACAGCAAUCCAGCUUUGUACAGAUCUCUGUAA